GUCCCCGCCAUCAUGGCCGACGCCGACGAAGACCUCAUCCCCACAAGACCGCCCUCCUCCUCAACCAACAUUCACGACGACCAGGAUGACUUGGAAGACGAGACACAAGAUUUCCGCUUCCUCGCCCAACUCACCAAAGGUUCCUCAUCAGCACACGGCCAGUCACAGUCAAGUGUGCCUAAACGUGGAACCAAAGACUUUGAACCGAACCCGACACGUGCUCAGGCAUCUGCCCUCGAUGCUUCGCGACUCGCGAUGCAUACGGCCUUGAGUGCUGUGAGAGUGCAUGCGAAGAAGAAUCAUGUCGUGGGACAGUAUUUUGCGGACGAGAGGUUAUGGAAAUGGGAUGCGAAAGAUGGUGGUUCUGGCAGUGAAAGUGGUGGUGGAGGUGAUGCAAGAGGAUUCGCUCGUCCGGUCGUCAUCUACAAGGUCAAGAGUGCACAUAUGAAAGUCAUGGGUCAGGCGGACAGAAAUAAUUGGGUGUGGCUGUUGCCAGAGGAGGCGUUGUAUUUACUUGAGAGAGGGAGUUUGGAUAUUCGGUGGGAGGAUGUUGAAGAGCACCGGUCAGAGGUGGCUAGUGGUAGUCAGGACAAUACCGUUGCGAUCGAAUCGCAUGACGCAGGGGAGAGGAAGAAAUAUGAGACGCUGACUAUGUCGGAUAGUCAACUUGCAGACCAUGACCAAGGAGAACAAGAAGAAGAAGAGAGACAUGAUGACCCCGAAGACGAAGACAAUGUUCACGAGCAGGGUCCAAGUCAGGCUACCACCACCACCACCACUACCACCAACGAGCCCACAGUCGGCGAACUCCCCAUGAGUUUGCAAGGCGCAUAUGCAAGUCUCAUCGGAAAGGAUGGUCUUACAUUGGAACGAUAUAUCGUGUACGCCGCAUUGAAGCGAGCAGGAUAUAUUGUUCAACGAGCACCGACCUGGCAUCACGAUGUGUCUGAUGACUAUGACCAUAUCGCGAACGGACACUCCACCUCUCAAACACCGUCUUCUUCACUCCAACAUCCAAACUCCUCCUCGCCUUCUCGAAUCCAACCAUUUUUCACUGCCACGACCCUCAUCCGCCGACUCUGCGCCUGGCUCUUCCGGCCUCAACGAGGACUUUCAUGUCCCUCACUAGGCCCUCUCGUCGCCCCAGGACUCUAUAGAAACUAUGCCGACAUAUUCCGUUCUCUCGCCCUUGUCCCAUUCCACGACUCCACCACCCAGAACGAAAACCACCACUCAUCCUCCUCACCCUCCUCCUCACCCUCCCCAUACCGCAUCUCCUACAACAUCUGGAAACCCAAUACCGCCAGCACAUACCGCAAAACCGCCCCUCCACCACCCGACUACCGACUCUGCAUCAUCGACGCACGAGACCCCUACACAUGCACGAUCCCCACUCUUUCAGAGAUCUCACAUCUUCUCGACUCGCAAGCUCUAGACGUCUCGUCAAAGACCAAGACUCCUCGGCUGGAGGCGCGGAUUAAACACGGGACUCGGAACGUUAUGCUCGCGGUUGUUGACUCCGGUAUUGUGAGUUAUCUCCGGCUGAGUGAUGCCGGGUUUGGGAGGGAAAAGUUAUAUGAAGAGAAAGUGGCGCGGAGUUCGAAAGGUGGAGGUGGACGAGGGGGAGGGGGGAAGGGACGGGGAAGAGGUGCUGGUGGAGUUGGAGGUGUACGGGCAGCAGCGGGAGGGAGUGUCUUUGCUGGAAAGAAUUGA